AUGGGCACCGUUUCCGACGGUUCGUAACUUUUUACACGCUGAUCGUUUCAGAUGAUAUCAUAAAGAGGAGACUUUUGAUUGAGGGCGAGAGUGGGAAUGACGACCGACGUUUUACUCUUUUGCUUAAAAACUUUUUGCGCUGGGUCUCAUGUGACGAGUCGGAGGAGGAUAGGUAUGUCUAAAAUUAGGGCUUGUAUCCUUUAGUCAAUUCACAUAUAAUUCCUUGAUGGCUAGCGUGUCCCAGUGCGAAAACGCUAUGGAACAAGCCCUCUUAAUCCAGUCAAUGAAUUUUGAGCAGUCUCAAAAAUAUGACGAACUACUUGAAGAGAUCAGUAACUUUGCUAGUUUCUUAACUUCUCCCGUCCAGAACACGCGACAGAAGAUACAAAAUUGAAGAUACUAGAAUCCAGAGAAAAACUGAAGGAAGCAAAAGUUAUUAGGAAGAAUCGCCAAGGUAAUUGAGGUAAUUAUCUGCCUAACUUUUAUUUCAGAGUACCACAUUCUCGCUAAAAUAAUCAACGAGCACCCCAAUAGAAAGGAAACUUUAUGGUACGAACUCCUUUUCCUUACCUAUAUGCCUUUCCCACUUUUGAGUCAUCAUUAGACCUAGUUUUUAAAAAGAGUGAUUCGAUUUCUCUGCAUCCGCUAGAAAUGGAAGGGGGGAUAGACUGCGUUAACUAAUACAUAAACUGAUGCCAAAAUUAAAGACGUGACCAACGGUUUGUUAUUGCCGGCCAAAUCUGCUUCCCUUCCUGUGGACUUCAGCCCUCCUCUCACCACGCUUUUUGUCUGAAGGGUGUAUGCCUGGAAGAGAAUAUUUGAUAUCUGCCUCAUUUUGUUCAGCAGAUGGUGAAGCUGUGAUAUGCUCGCUUUCAUAGUAGGUGAUGUUUAGCUUAGGCAGCCUCUGUUCACUAUUCCCAGUAAGCUGAAGUAAACGUUUUUAUUGCCGCUUUUGAACUCCAUGAUUCAUCUUCCGGUGUUUGCCCCCUUGCGCGGUACUCAUUAAACACUGUCUAUGCUCGUUUUCUAUAUCAUGCUCCCUUACCCUGUUUGUCUUCACUUUUCUAAGUUAUUUCUAUGUUCUUUUGCGUAAUUAAAAGCAAUUACCUAUUUUUGAACCUCUGAAUUUGCGUAUUUUUUAAAAAAAUAGCAAAAUAGCGAAGCUGAAAGAGCAACUAACUGGUCUCCAGCGUAUAAAUGAAAGGUAUGAUGAGAUGAUACUUUUGCGGAAAAAACAAUUCCAUCUCUUCUUGGUCGCUCUACGAGGUCUGCAGAAAUUGGUCGAUCGUGAGUGUUGUGACUUUCCCUUCUUCUUUUGUCUACUUUGCAAGAGUGUUAAUUUAUAUUGAAAGUUGUAAAUUUAUUUUGUGGCGGUAUUUAGUGUUUGUCCUUGACAUCAUGCUAGGGUGGCCAUUGUGUUGACCUUUCUCUGAGACAGCCAAGCAGGCAUUGUCGAUGGCAUAUGCAUGGGUCAGUCGAGUUCGCCGCGCUGUCGCAAACACCAUCAAACAGCGGAAGAACUUUAGGAGCUGUUCGCACACGUGCACUAGUCCAAAUUACUUCGAACACUGCUUACGUGUCCCUCAGUUAGUGCAUCCAAUCUUGGUUGGCGUACCAUCAUCUGUAAACUCGGAAAGGAGCCAAGAACGCUAUCGGCAAUGCUGCUCAAUGGUAGAAUGGGUGUUUGUGAUAGUUUGCAGGUGGUGUUCUCUAUAUGCUACCUAGAUUAUUUGUUGAACAGCCCGUCCAGCGCCAUCAGGAGCUUGAAUGCGCGUUAUCUACUCAAAAUAUGACCGGCGGACAAUGUGGAAGUUGUAAGUACUUCGAAUUCCAGCAUUGUUUAGAAGGUCCUCAUUGCAUGACAGAAUUUCUCAUGCCGUAGAAAAUGGCGUCUUCCAAGACAAGUCAAAUUAUCUGCCCUCUUAGUCCAACGGUUCCUUCAAAAAUUUCGACAGUUCCUGCGAUCUAAUGCCAAGUCGCCUAUGAAUGUCGUGUUUGCCAUGUCAUGAGCUCCCAUCUCGAGCUCAAGCUUUCGAUCCGUUCUAUGGGCAAUGUGCUCUGCAAAUCGCAGUAGAAUUUUAGGAAAAGGCACCAAUUCACUAGACGCACAGCCUUACACUUCCGUUCUCUUGUUAAAUGCCCAUUGCUUGUACCGCAAAACACUGCAUUUUUUUCCUUUCAAGAGGACAAUUCUACAACCGAUCUGCUUGGACAGAACAACGAAUUGACGAAUGCUCAAACUGUUGUAGAUUCCCACAACGCUCAGAUGGAUACCACCUGA